GUCGUCAGGUCCUAAUACAUUCCCUUUCUGGCGGAACAACACUCUUUUCAACCUCACAGUUCAGUCGAUUGUGUAGCAGUCGCUCGCUCACAAUAUCCACUCGCUUCCUUAUAAAGAUCGACCUUCAAGCCUGUACGCGGCAAAGGAACGCCCAAAUAUUCACAACAUGCUCUUCUCCAAGACUGUCGUCGUUGCUGCGGCUCUUGCACCUCUCGCAAGUGCCCAUGGUAGCACCGGCUUACCCAAGAUAAUGGGACUUGAUAUCUUCGAUCGAAGGGCAGGGAGCUUGAUCGCCAACCUCAAGUCUGGCGGCCUGUUGGGCGCUGAAGCCAACGAGAAGUCGGUUCUGGAAGCACGCAAGGACGAUCGCGAAUGUGGUGAGGGCAUCGGAUCCUGUCCUCAAGACAAGUGCUGCUCAAUCAGCGGCUACUGUGGCACGACUCCCAACCACUGCUAUUCCCCUGGAUGCAAUUACAAGUAUGGCCCUGCCUGUCCGGAGAACCAACAUCCUGAGGGAACGAACACAUCGUCGAUUCCACGCCCGAAACUCGGAUCGGUUCCUUACGGAGGAACUGGCGUGUUCAAAUGCAAGAAUCCUGGUACUGUUGCACUCACCUAUGACGACGGCCCACACAAGGACUUCACAGACCGCAUCCUUGACCUGUUCAAGAGCUAUAAUGCGAAGGCCACAUUCUUCAUUACCGGCAACAACAUCAACAAGGGUCAGAUUGACAAGACUCAAGAACACAUUAACGCGAUCAAGCGUAUGAACACAGAAGGGCAUCAGAUUGCUUCCCAUACCUGGACGCAUCUGAACUUGACAAAGAUCUCGUCGGAGGAUCGCAAAAACCAGAUCUGGAAUGUUGAGAUGGCACUCAACAACAUCGUUGGGAAGAUUCCGACCUACUUGCGUCCACCUUACUCCAGCUGCGACGCAGCCUGUCAACAAGAUAUGAGCGACCUAGGAUACCACCUCAUCUACUUCGAUGUCGAUACCGAUGAUUACGAGCAGAUCAACGCAAGCCGCAUCCAGAACUCGAAGGACUGGUUUAAGGGGAACAUCACCAAGGGCGGCGCUACACCUGAGAAGAACGACUGGCUUACAAUCUCCCACGACAUCAUUGAGCAAACUGCCAACAAUCUCACUGAGUACAUGCUCUCGACCCUUACGCAGCUUGGUUACAAGGCGGUUACUGUGGGUGAGUGUCUUGGAGACCCAGAGGACAACUGGUACCGCCAAUUCGGUGAUUCUGCCGAUCGCACAGGCAACUCUUCGACAUCGACCAGUUCAUCGUCCGGCAGCAGCGGAACGUCCAGCGCAACCUCGUCUCCGACCUCACCCCAGGGUUCUAGGAGUACCUCUGGCGGCGCCGCGCCCGAACAAACUACGAGCUCAGCGACCAGCGCUCUGCAGAACACAGGCCGAUUAGCUUACGCUGUCUCAGCACUUCUACUUUCAGUUCCCAUUGCACUUGCAUUGUAGACAUAGCCGCGCUUGUAUCCGUUUUCAUUUCAUGUAGAUAUAUCAAUGCAAGAAAUCCUCAAUGUAGAUAGUUGUUUGUGUAAAGCUUUAGU